CUGUGGUAGAAGGAAUACUUCGGUAGAAUUUGCUGAUCAAGGAUGGGAGAUACGAAAUGGUACUGCGGUUUGUUUGGGAGACACAGGAAGAAGCAGAUGCGCAUGCCAACGAUUGGGGAGAAUACUACGGUAUUGAAAGAAGUGGAACCGGAACAAGUGGUAGUUGUUUCCCAGGAAGCCACAGAGAUUGAUCAUACCGAAGAGAUGGUGCAAAUUGCGGAAGUGGAUAACGUGAUUGUCAAGGAGACGGAGAUUCCCAUGUCCACCGAUGAAAAGUUAAAGCUAUUUGAGGCUCAUUUCCGGGACUUGAUCUCCUGCUUGACAACGUACGAGGCACGCACUGAAGAGUACCGAGUGCGCCUGUGCAGAAUUAGAACGGAAAUGGAUUUACUGUACCACGAAAAAGAUAAAUUAGAGACGGCCAUUCGUGACUUGAUCGAUAUGAUAUUGUCACAAAGGAUGAACGCCACGCGUGUCCUUGGUAACCGAUUAGUGCUCCGCGAAGCAGACGUUCUGGAAACUAGGAAGCGCACAGAAUCGAUUCAGCUGGAUCUGGAUGACAAAAUGGAAGACCUAAAGCGGUUGAAACGAAAAAUCGACGCAGCAUCAAAUACGGACUUUAGACUCAGGGAAGAAAUCAAAUGUGAUCUUCGGAAAACUAACUCAUUGGUGUCCACAUACAUGGAAGAAAUAGAGGCCUUGCACAAGGAAAAAAUUAUUCAACUGAAAUCCCUUCGUCAAGAUUUCUGUAAUCUCUGCCUACCGAAUGAAGGUCAUAACUCUAAAGAGGAGAUGUCCAAGCUAUCCACGGCCGUGGAACAGCUCGAGUCCAGUACAUACAAGCAUGCCUUACGACGAAAGGUAUCUGAUUACCGAUUGGCCUCCAGUGACCUCAAUGACGAGGUUGGCUUCCUCAUCGAACAGAAAGCAGAGAUGGUCGAGAAAAUCGAAUGUAUAGAAAAUGCCUUGGAUUCCUUGAUACUUGCUCCGAAACCGUCAGACCUCCAUCACCCUGUCCUCCCGGAAAGCAAAUACGAGUUACCUCCCCUGAACAAGUGGACUUACCCAAGAGGAGAUGAGUUGUUAGACAUCGUUGUACCGGAUCCGGAAGUCACGUCAAAAACUAGCCUUUCCAGCGAGCAGUCAGUGCCCAUGCUCAAGCAAGACGACAUCGACAAACUGGUAGACCUUAGCACAAAUCUUCUAUGCAAAAAUUCAAAACGAGGAAUCAAAGACUUCAAGAAAUCUUCUUUCCCAAGCCUGACUAGGCUGUUACGGACCAAAUUGCACAAACAGGACUCAACGUCAAAGCAAGAGGCUGACCUGUUAAAAAGUGAGUCGAAAGAGGACAGUUCCUCCUUGUUGACAUUUCAUUGCGAGGAAUUGCACGAAGUCAUAAGAGAAAGUGUGAGCGAUAUCGAGGCCCUGCCCUCUCGACCCGGGUCACAGAGAGCAAGUCUCACGGAAAUCCCAUCAAUGACUGACGGAGAUGUCGUUUUCCAAGCUCUAGACGACAAUACGAAAGAUAAUACCAGCACACAGUCUUCUGCAUCCGGAAAAGAAAUAUUCUCCGUGGCGUGUUUUCAUUGGCAGUUGAGCCUCACUUCCUCACCUGGGAGGAGAAAACGAACUUCUAAACGAAAGCGUGCCCUGGCGGCAAAACAAUUAACUAAGCCAGAAAGUAGUGAAACCAAAACUGACGAAGUUUGACAAAGCCUUGAAUCACAUAUUACAUUUUCAGGAGGUUGGACGUUCAACAUUUUUUCAACACAUUUUUAUUUUACUUCUACCCUGCUGCACAAUCCAUCGUUCAUCAAAGCACAAUCGUAGGCUCUAGUAUUUGGAGCAGUUCCACAUGGAUUCUUUUCCGGAACCGUAAAGGGGACUUAUGAAGAAAAACAGAUAUUACACCGGUGGACAAUAUAAAAAUAUUUUAACCUGUUCUACACUUUUAAACAUUUUCUCGAAAUCUGAAGAUGCCUUGUACCGGCAAUGGUUUACUCCAGAAUGUCCGGUCUCGUCUCUAUAUACCCAUAAAUCUUUACUGUCGUCCCCUAAGUGACAGAUUCUAAAGUAUGACGCUAAUAAAGAAUGGAAUAAAUAAAACGAGAUCACGGUUAACAGUUUUGAAACAUUUUGAAGCAUUAUCUAGGAAUGAGUCCUAUUAGGUGAAUUAAAUUGUAACAAAGUCAGUUCACAGAGAUAAAUCCAUAUCCAUCGAUGUGAUUUUUUUCACUUUAUAUGCCCCUUUCACGGUUCCGUAUGAUGUUGUUGUUAUCAAAGAAAUGGAUAGUUUUUCGU